GCACGCUGUCAUCAGGCAGCAGCCGGUACUCUUGUACUUCCGGGUCUGUGGAUGUAAACAGAAGGACGUUCCUCCUCUGGAGACAGCAGCAGCAGAAAACAUGACCAAACUGGAGAUGUUGAACGUGUUUCUGAACGACAGGUUGACGGCGGCAGCGCAGGAGAUUUUCCGCGCUGUUAAAGACACGGUGGCCGAGUAUCAGAGCGAAAUCCUGCGGACGAAAGAGGAGAACGAGCGGCUGAAAAGGCUCCUGAACGUCGCCGUGCAGAGGCUCCUGCUGCAGCCAGAACCUCGCUCUGUCUCUCCCCAAGAAGCUCUUCAGCCUUCUGAGUCUGAGUGGAGGAGCAGUGUGGAGCUGCUGCCAAGAAUCAAAGAGGAACCAAAAAUCAGAGACCUUCAAACAGCCUGUUCACAGGAGGAGAGAGACUCAGAGGAGGGGAACUGUAGUCACUCUGAGCCGCUGCAGAGGUCACCGACUCCUCCAGCCCAGACUGUAUGUAGCAGACAGAGUGUUUCUCCUCCUUCAGUGACAUCCCAGGAGAUCAAAGCAGAGAGCGACAGCAGGAAACAGCAGCCAGCACACAGCUUACCAUCCUCCGUUGUGAGUGUCUAUUCGAACUGCAGAGCAGCACAGAGCGACUUUAGUGACAGCACUGCAAAAAGUCACAGGACUGAGAAAACAGACCCGCAGGGGAGAGGGACACUUCGCUCAAAUGGGAAACAGAGCGCACACAUACUGCAGGUCAAGAACGUGAGGUCCCUGAAGCCGCCUCUGCCUCGCUCCUCUCACCAGAGUCCGAGCAUGCAGAGGUGGCACAGCUGCAAAGAGUGUGGGAAGGGCUUCAGCUUCGCCUGCCAGCUGGAGGUUCACAUGCGCUGGCACACCAAGGAGAAGCCGUACAGCUGUGCGGUGUGCCGAAAGAGCUUCACAACAGUCAGCAUGCUGAAGAGACACCACCGCAUCCACACGGGGGAGAAGCCCUUCAGCUGCCACGUCUGCGGGAAAUGCUUCAACCAGUCAGCCCACCUCAACACACACUUCAGACUCCACACCAGAGAGAGGGCCGGCUGGAGCCGAGCGCCACACUCCAAAUGAACCACACCAACCUGACCAUGUUUCAACUCAAUACUCUUAAAGCCAAAUGUCAGGUUCAAUCUGUACAGUAAUGUGUUUGACUGUGUGUGUUGAAUGUUGUGCAAUAAAGUGUGAUACUUGAAGAUU